GCGUGCAGGUAGUGGUGGUUUAAGGAAAAUUUUGACACUCAAUCAUCAAUCUAACCAGGUCAUGAGGAUGCUAGUUCGUUCCGGAUGGGCAGCCAUGGUGGACAGAGGGAAGCGGCGAGUUGCGUCCACAUCGGCAUUCCUUUCAGCCAUCUUUUAUCCAUCUGUUUUUGCAGACCUGGAUAUGCAUGAGGAUGAUGUCUCAGAUGAAGACUCUGCAGGUCCACUGAAAUGGCUCCUGCGCAAACUGAUGACUCUCGGAUCACAUAGUCCACGGACCAUGCGCUUGACAGUAAUGCAUGUUUGUGGGCUGUGGCUUCUUCACCCCAAUGUGGCCCUAGUAUAUCUUCCAGAGAUCCGCGCACUCGCACUGCAUGGGGCAGAUGUGGUAGACGAAGAGCUUGACGGGGAGAUUGGCGAUGGCCAAGUGGCUUGUUCAGAGUAUGCCACGUUGCUCCAGAGUGCUGAUCCAGAGCUUACAGAGAUUUUUACAAACUCAGAAAUGUACGUCAGGGUUACUGUCGCUGUAAUGGUUCACAAGAUGUGUUGCAUGGAAGAAAAGCAGGAGCUUGAGCUCCGCAAUGAAGCAUGUGAAGCUGAUGUCGCGGCAGCUCGCCAGUUUGGCCGGAAGCUUCUCCUUGAUCUCCUUUCAUCAACGCUCACAGAUGCAGCUCUCUCGAAGGAGCUCUACAAGAAGAACAGUGCGGUGAACAACAAACUAGGGGUAUGGUUCAUCAAUUCAGCACAAUACAGGGGCUGGAUCUUCGAUGACAACCUGGACAUUCCACGAUGGGUGUGGGUUCUUCGCAGCGCACCGACGGUGAAAUAUGACAUCUACCUUCCAUAUGACAGUAGAUGGCGGCAAAUGGGUGCAAAGAGGAUGGUGGACAGAGACGUGGGCUUUAUCAAUAAGCCCAUGAUAGAUGACGCCUCAUUGCUGGAUGACAGGCAGAGACUACAGACCAUGGCAGAGCUACACAAGGUGGGCCAAGCAGCGGAGCUGGCCUUCUUGGAAAAUAGAAGAGCAAGAGAGGAGUCACAGAAGUCAGAAGCGGAGGGAAGUUCAGAGGAAAGGGGGGACGAUGGUGUGCAGGGAAGUAAGAACGGUUCAAGGAGUAAGGGAACGAGAGAGGAAGAGACAAAAGAAGAUGGCGAAGACAGAGUCAAUGAAGGGGAAGGGAAGGGGAGAGAAUCAUUAGCUUCUCUCGAGAGGAAAAUCAGUGACAGGGAAUCAGUGAAAGGGGAUAGCUCAUACCAGGGACCUAAGCGGGCACAUUCAGGGAAGGGAACAGAUGAAGCUUCCACACAGGGGGAACAGGAGCACAAGGAAGAUAUGGAGGAAGAAGGCAAGGGGGAACAAGGAUCUCAAGGGGAAGAAAUGGAAAUUACAGCCUCUUCAGAUGACACGUCAGCAUCAGCCUCAACGAACCACCAAACAGAACAUGUGCCUUCAGCAGGCCGAACUAGCUCUACAAACAGCUCACCUUCCGGUGAUACGGAAAACACAGCAGAGGACUCGGGGGGGGGAGAGGACGAAGGAGCAGGGAAAACGUCACAGGAUACAAAUUUGGAUGGGGACAGUGACAUGGGGGAGGAGGAAUGGGAUGAGGAAGAAGGGGAGGAGAAUCCGGAGACGCUAGCACAGUGGAUUAAGCACGUUCACAAGCUGAAGUGGGAGAGACACAUUGAAUGUGAGAUUCGUCUGGCACACCACAAGCAUUUGCGCAAUUUGAAACAAGCCACAACAGCAGGGGAUGACAUCACAACAGCAAACAGAUUUGAAAGACUGAAGAAUGAGAUGGAGGUUAAUGAGUUCUACGCUACGCAAUAUGGAUGGAAGGCUAGGCUGGACUAGAAUGACAUCACGGUGCACAAUGCAGGGUACGCCAAGCAGUUCAUUUGGCCGAAGUC